UACAGCAUGAGGAGGAGCUCAGGUAACUCUGAGACUGUGGACAGCAUGGGGAACAUGUCCAAAGCGGAUAUAAUGAGAGGAAUCAUCUCAGAGAAAAUGACCACAGCCGCGCAGGAGAUCUUAGCGGUGGUUGAGAGGAUCGUAGCCGGGUAUGAGGAGGAGGCUUCGGGCUUCAAGCUGGAGAUCGACCGGCAGAGGAGACAGCUGGAGCUUCUGCUGCAGCCUCAGGUCAAACUGGAGAGAAGAGCUCGCAACCCGGACCUAGAAGACCCUGAAAUGAUUGUUUUGGAUGAUGAUGAGGAGGAGGAGGAGGAGGAUGAAGAGCAGAAGCACAAACAGCAGCAGCCAGGUGUUCAGGAGGAAACGGGAAGUCUGGGUCUGAUGUGGUACGAUGAUGAAGAAGAAGAAGAGGAGGUUGAGGAUGAAGAGCAGCGUCUGUCUGUACGACCGACGGCAAACUCCAGACAGAGACGAGACGACCAGAAGGAUCCGGAUUAUCAAAUACCAGCAAGGGUUUCUUCUCCCAGAGUUCGGACUGACAGGAGGAAACCCGGCAGACCUCGGAUCAGUGAACCACAGAACCACGUAGACCUCAGGAUCCGCAUCCUGGAGGACUGUCAGACCGACGUUCUCUCCAAAAGAGUGUUUCAGAAAUACCCGCUGCAGGAGCUGCAGUGUCCUCUCGGCCUGCAGGAGGCAGACUUCCUGAACCUGCUGAGAUCCACCUUCCCUCAGCUGGCUGCCGAUAAACCUUUUGACGUCUUCACCUGCGACAGAAACAAGCGUCUGCAGCCUCUGACGGUGAAGACGCUGACGCCCGAGGAGAUCGACAGCAGCAUCAGAUCCAUCGGAGCGGGAACGUCGGCGCUCUACAUCCGACUGAAGGAUCCUUGUAGCCGAAGUGAAGAUGACGUCGUCAGAGACUCUCCGUCCGUCUCCACGACGACCAAUCAAACAAUCAACACGCUCACCAGAGAUCUGUCUGAGCGGAGGCGGCGUGGCAGACCUCGACUCGGAGAAGAACCGAGACAUCACUUCGUUAAAGUCUGCAUGCUGGAAGAUUCUCAGUCUGAAGUUCUCUCAAAACACGUGUUACUAAAAUCCCCGGUGCAGGACCUGAAGUGUCCUCGUGGUCUGCAGGAGACGGACUUCCUGGAGCUGCUGAGGUCCACUUUCCCUCAGCUGGCGGCUGAUAAACCUUUUAACGUCUUCAAGUCGGACCGGAGCCGAAAGCUGCAGAGACUCCGAGUGAAGACGCUGACGCCAGAAGAGAUUUACAGAGCGAUGAAAUCCACCGGAGUAGAAAAAUCUGUGCUGUACAUCAGACUGAAGACAGGAGAGGAAGAGGAGGAUGAGGAAGAAGAAGAGCUUCACCUUUCACAGAGAAAUGAUGACGACACCUACGAGUCUCCAAAAAGUGACGAAGCCGAACUCUGUUCAAGCAGUCAGCAGACAGACGGCAGCUCCACAUCACAGCAACAUCACCUGAAAACUGAGGAAGCUGAUGAUGAAGCCGACGUCAGCGGCGCCGACAACAAAGACGGAGAUGAGGACGACUGGAAGCCCGACCCUGAGCCGCGCUCGCCAAAGACGAGGAAGCGACGAGCCAAACGCUGCGACGUGGACGGGAAGCUGGCGGAGAAAAGCAGGACGCCAUGUAAAGUGUGCGGCAUGUGGUACCGUCUGCUCGGCAGCCUCGUCAAACACGCCUGGAAACACACGGACGAGCCGCGGAGCGUCUGCGGUGUCUGUGGCGAGCAGUUUGAGUCCGUGGACGAGUUGAAGCGACACCUUCAGACCUACCAGAAGAUCCACGAGUGCUCGUACUGCGGGAAGUCUUUCUUCACCGUCUCUGGAUUGAACUGCCACACGACGCUGCACACAGGGAACCGACCCUACAAAUGCGACGUCUGCCACAAAACCUUCGUCCACCUGUCGAGCCUGAACAUCCACCGCUGGAUCCACGUCGAGGACAAACCGCACAAGUGUGACGUCUGCCUGAAGGCGUUCGGUCUGAAGGCUCAGCUCACAGCUCACAUGAAGGUCCACACGGGGAGAGACAAGUACCACUGUCACAUCUGCGGGAAGUCCGUCUAUGAUGUGCGAUCUCUAACCCGCCACAAAGCCACGCACUCCGGCGAGCGGCGCUACGGCUGCGAGGUUUGCGGCAAACGCUUCAAACUCGCCGACACGUUAAAGUCCCACGCCAAGAUCCACACGGCGCGAGACCGGCCAUACCUGUGCCACAUCUGCUGCAAGACCUUCCUGUCGAACUGCGGCCUCACGGCUCACAUGAGGACUCACGGCGAUGAGCGGCCGUUCGUCUGCAUCAUGUGCGGCAAAGGCUUCCUGUCCAACGGCGAGCUGAAGGUUCACAUGCGCGUGCACACGGGCGAGGCGCCGUACGGCUGCUCCGAGUGCGGACGCUUCUUCAAACGUAAGACUCACCUGACCAACCACGUCCGCACGCACCUCGGCAUCAAACUGUUCGUGUGCGGCGUUUGCGGGAAGGCGUGUUCGAGGCAGGAACACCUGACGGUUCACAUGAGGACGCACAACGGAGAGAGACCCUACAAGUGUUCCCUGUGCGACAAGGCCUUCACCCAGAGCCACUGUCUGAAGACGCACAUGAAGAGCCACCAGAGGGACGAAAACAUGUUCCUCAACGAGUCCACGUCCUGAAGAGACACCUUCAGACCUGAAUGUUGUCUCACGGUACUCAAAGUUCCCCAAUUUAUCAUCUAUUAAAAGUAUAUAAACAGUUACAAUGAAAAAGGUUUGAGGUAGACCGGAAGAAAGAACCAAAUGCUGGACGAAAACACUAAAUCUGUAAAGAUAGAACGAAGUCUGCACGAUGUAGCUCCCAAUGCAGGUAUCAUUUAGAUGAUACCUCUCCCAAUGCAGGUAUCAUUUAGAUGAUACCUCUCCCAAUGCACCCCAUCAGCCUUUUAAAUGAUACCUGCAUUGGGAGAGGUACAAUUUAAGUUAUACCUGCAUUGGGAGAGGCAUCAUCUAAAUGUUUCCUGCAUUGGAACCGUUGGGCCUUAACUAUUUCGACAAUCAAAUCAUCGCUUUAGACACCUUUUUAAAGCAAAAACACCCAAAAAAUUAGUUUGUUCAAGCUUCUCAAAUCUGAUUUAAAAAAAAAUGUUUUGGUCUUCUGCGACAUUAAA